AUGUCAGGUGGUGGAUGCAGUGUAGUCUGGUUCAGGAGAGAUCUGAGGGUGGAAGAUAACCCAGCUUUAGCUGCUGGAGUGAGAGCAGGAAGUGUGGUUUGUGUCUUUAUUUGGGCACCUGAGGAAGAAGGCCCAUAUUACCCUGGAAGGGUGUCAAGAUGGUGGCUCAAACACAGCUUGGCUCAUCUUGAUUCCUCUUUGAGAAGUCUGGGCACAUCUCUCAUCACCAAGAGGUCCACUGACAGUGUUUCUUCUCUUCUUGAGGUUGUUAUUUCCACUGGUGCCACUCAGCUCUUCUUCAACCACUUAUAUGAUCCUAUAUCACUGGUUAGGGAUCACCGGGCCAAGGAGGUUUUAACUGCUCAAGGCAUAGCUGUACGUUCCUUUAAUGCGGAUUUGCUCUACGAACCAUGGGAUGUUAAUGAUGUCAAUGGUUGCCCGUUCACCACCUUCGAUGCUUUUUGGGGAAGAUGCCUUAGCAUGCCAUAUGACCCAGAUGCACCGCUUCUCCCCCCUAAGAGAAUUAUAUCAGGUGACACAUCAAGGUGCCCUUCUGAUACAUUGGUUUUUGAAGAUGAAUCAGAGAAGGGAAGCAAUGCGCUUCUUGCUCGAGCAUGGUCACCUGGGUGGAGCAACGCUGAUAAGGCUCUGACCACAUUUAUAAAUGGACCAUUACUUGAGUACUCUCAAAACCGCAGGAAGGCUGAUGGUGCCACAACAUCAUUACUUUCUCCCCAUUUGCAUUUUGGGGAGGUAAGUGUGAGGAAAGCAUUUCAUCUUGUUCGCAUCAAGCAGGUUCUUUGGGCCAAUGAAGGCAACAAGGCUGGUGAAGAGAGUGUGAACUUGUUUCUGAAGUCUAUUGGUCUUAGGGAAUAUUCAAGAUACAUUAGUUUUAAUCAUCCUUACAGUCACGAAAGACCUCUUCUUGGGCACCUAAAGUUCUUCCCCUGGAUUAUAAAUCAGAGCUAUUUUAAGGCAUGGAGGCAAGGUAGAACUGGCUAUCCAUUGGUGGAUGCUGGCAUGAGAGAGUUGUGGGCCACAGGCUGGCUGCAUGAUCGUAUACGAGUAGUAGUUUCUAGUUUUUUUGUAAAGGUUCUGCAGCUUCCAUGGAGGUGGGGAAUGAAGUAUUUCUGGGAUACACUCUUAGAUGCUGAUCUUGAAAGUGAUGCUCUUGGUUGGCAGUAUAUAUCUGGUACUAUCCCCGAUGGUCGUGAAUUUGACCGCAUAGAUAAUCCACAGUUUGAAGGUUACAAAUUUGACCCAAAUGGAGAAUAUGUGCGAAAGUGGCUUCCUGAACUUGCCAGACUUCCAACUGAAUGGAUACACCACCCAUGGAAUGCACCAGAAUCUGUACUCCAAGCAGCUGGAAUUGAAUUAGGAUCGAAUUACCCUCUCCCUAUUGUAGGAAUAGAUGCGGCGAAAACCAGGUUGCAAGAAGCAUUAUUAGAGAUGUGGCAGCACGAAGCUGCUUCAAGAGCUGCUGUUGAAAAUGGAACUGAAGAAGGGCUUGGAGAUUCCUCUGAAUCAACCCCAAUUGCCUUUCCUCAAGACAUACAAAUGGAGGAAAAUUAUGAACCCGUGAGGAACAACCUUCCUGUCACUCGAAGGUAUGAAGAUCAGAUGGUCCCAAGCAUAACUACAUCUUUGGUGAGAGUUGAAGAGGAAGAAAGUUCAUUGGAUAUUCGAAAUUUGGUGGAAGAAACCAGAGGAGAAGUGCCUACGAAUGAGAUGAUGAAUCAAGAACCAAGAAGAGACACUUUAAACCAAGGGGUUUUGCGGACUAUUCGUAACAACACUCUGCCACAACGAAAUGCCGCAAUAGGGCUGCAACAUGCUAUUGAAGAUUCCACUGCAGAAUCUUCCGGUAGCAGUAGGAGAGAGAGGGAUGGAGGUGUAGUUCCAGUCUGGUCUCCUUCAACUUCUAGCUACUCAGAGCAGUUUGCGAGUGAUGACAAUAGCAUUGGAACAAGUUCUUACUUGCAAAGACAUCCACAGUCUCACCAAAUAAUGAAUUGGAGGCGGCUAUCUCAAACUGGGUAA